AAUGUUCAUGACAUUUUGUUAAAAUGACGUAUAUGUGCAAAAAAUCAUUUUCACCGAUUGAACGUUAGUAUGAAAGAAUAUUACGAAAACUACCGACUCAUCGUCAAUUGGUGUCAUAGCAACCAAUGCUUCAGGGUUUCUCAAAGAUGGAUUCAAGUGUUCCAAUAAUCGACAGCCUUAUCAAAAUGACUUUGUAAUAUUCCUGGACACAAAGGCUAUCCGAGCGUGUGAUCAAAAGCAAGAUUCAAUUCACAAUACAUCACUUGUGCAAAUCAUCCAAAACUGCCUCAAAGGAAGCAUGGCAUGGAAAAUCCCAGGUACAUAAGCAAUAUUCCCGCCUUUGUAGUUGGGCAGUGAGUUGUAGAAAAAACACCGGUACGGAAGACUCGAAAACCUGUUUUCGAUUGAGCCUGGGAUUCUCGGAUUAGGAAGCUCAACUCCCCUUAGAUACUGGAGUUUCAUCCACCCUAAAAGAUCAGUUGGAAACAUUGGAAUUGGAGGAGAUAUUCGCAAUGAAGUCCUCUUCUUUCCUCGUUGCUUCCAUCUUGGUGGCCAUUUUGGCUGGAAGUUGGGCAAAAUAUGAACCCACUUGGGAGAGCUUGGACGCCAGACCAUUGCCUCAGUGGUACGAUGAAGCCAAGAUUGGGAUCUUCAUUCACUUUGGCGUAUACGCUGUGCCUGCUUAUACAUCAGAAUGGUUUUGGUGCUUUUGGCAAUGCCCGGACCGAAAACUCCAAUAUGUGGACGAUUGGAUGAAAGCUCAUUAUGCUCCAGGAUUCACUUACCAGGAUUUCGCCAAAGAUUUUACGCUGGAAUUCUUUGAUGCGACUGAGUGGGUCAACCUUUUUGAGAAUUCCGGCGCCAAAUAUGCGGUCUUGACUUCCAAGCAUCAUGAGGGAUACACGCUCUGGCCUUCCAAGCAUUCGUUCUCGUGGAACUCGAUGGAUGUCGGUCCCAAGAGGGAUAUCGUUGGUGAGUUCUCCGAUGCCAUGAAGAAAUCCAGCCUCCAUCUUGGCCUCUACCACUCUCUCUUUGAAUGGUUCAAUCCGCUUUACCUGGCCGAUAAGAACAACAACUUCACCACCACCGAUUAUCCCGACACUAAAGGCACUGCUGAGCUCUACGAACUGGUGGAGGCUUACGAGCCCGAACUGAUUUGGUCGGAUGGGGAUAGCGGACCCGUAGAAUAUUGGAAGAGCCGCGAGUUCUUGACCUGGUUAUACAAUGAUUCACCCGUGAAGGACAAUGUGGUGGUCAACGAUCGGUGGGGCACAGACACUCAUUGCUCCCAUGGAGGGUUCCUCAAUUGUCAUGACAGAUAUAAUCCCGGUUCAGAGCAAACUCGCAAGUGGGAGAAUGCCAUGACUUUGGAUCGCCAUUCAUGGGGAAAUCGAAAGACCAUGAAGGCCAGCGACGUGUUAAAACCUGAGGAACUGUUGGAGACCUUGGCUCAAACCAUAUCCAAUGGCGGGAACAUUCUCAUCAACGUUGGGCCAACGAAAGAAGGGGUGAUUCCUCCCAUUCUACAAGAGCGUCUUUAUCAAAUGGGUGGAUGGUUGAAACACAAUGGAGAAGCGAUUUACAGUUCCAAAAAGUGGACCUUCCACAACGAGACCAACCACGUUUACUACACAGCAUCGUCAACUGAAGAUGCCAUUUAUGCCAUCUUCUUUCAAUGGCCCAUUUCGAACGUUUUAAAUCUGACACAUCCUGUGGCCACCGUUCAAACCAAGAUGACGAUGCUCGGAACCGAUGCCAAAGUUAGCUUUCAACAGAACCAAGAUAAACUUUCGGUUAUGCUACCCAAUAUGGCGGAAGUUCAGAGUCUUAAACACGCCUGGACUAUCAAAUUGACAUAUAUCAAAUCUGAAAGACACCCCAAUGAAAUAUAUUAAGUUUGAAAUGGCUUUUGCCCUGAAA